AUGCUGAAUGUCAGGAUUUAUGCGACCAUCACGCCGACAAUGCGGCUUAUGAAAUUUGCCUUGAAAAGUGCUCUUCAGGACGAUCCAUGUCCAAGACAUUCACUGCCAGAAGUAUGCUUAAUGUACUGUAACCUCAAGAACUCGCUGACGGAAGACAAAAAGAGCAAGCUGUCGAGUGCAUCCAUUCAUGGCAGCGUUUCGGGCAGAGCUAUAGAUGGAUCCUUAAUUCAUGAACUGCAUAGCAAAUAG